AUGAUUCUCAACACUCUCAUUUUUGUCGCGGCACUUGCCUCGCAACCCUUGGCUUCACUGGCAGCCCCCGUCGAGCCGAUCCGGGACUUUAAUGCCGAAGAUUGGAGCCUCAUCAACUUCCGACGAUCUUGCGCGGAGGACCAGAGCAGCUGUGACUACAGCUUUCUGAUUACCGAAUCCGCCGCAAACACCCCCAAGGAGUGUAGCUUCACGAUCCAAGCCGUCGAUCGCCCCGCCUACCAAACUAGCUUCUCACUGGCCAAGUGCCCCGGCGCAACUGAGUACAGCAUCAACGGCGGCUGGAACGACCUUGGCUUCGUCACCCUGUCGGUCAUCAACGACAAGAGGAGCCUCAUCUCUUGGUUCUCGUACAAGGACGACACACUUGCGAGCGGCGCCGAGACUGGUGCUCAGAAGUCCAAAGUGUACUUCCACCCCAUCUCUGUGAAGCGAGACAUCUCGACGAAGGAUCACCAUGAAAGUCUGGCGGAGGCUUCUGACUGGAAACUAGUGAAUGUUGUGAGAUACACAGUCAACCAGGGCACGCCUCAGGAGACAGUGGUGGUUUCCUUCUCAAUCAUGAGCGGCGAAGAAAACGAAAGCGAGAACGUGUCUGCGGAGUACUGUUUCCUUGAAGUACCAGUGGUUCAGGAAGACGGCGCAUCGUCGAAUAGCUUCUUCGGCCGUGAAUGUCAACAAGGUGCCAAAGGCUGGCAGGUCUCUUGGGGCCACAACGAGGUGACCGACGAGGUGGUUAUGACACUUGUCAACCAAGAAAAAGGCAAGCAGGCCUGGUUCGGGUUUAACAACGUCAGCACGCAUGUCUUGCUAGGAACCAACGGACCCAACCCCACGAAAGAGCUGCCGGUAUAG